GUAAAACCGGAACAAUGUUGAGUAUAAAAUCACUAUCCCCGCUUCUCUGAUUUUCAUAUCGUUGAAGAAGCAAAGCUCCUCUCUUCUUCCUCUUCAUUUUCCUCUGAAUUCUUUGUCUCUAUUUUUAAAAAAAGAGCAAUUUUUUUGAGGUGGUAGUAUACAAAAACAAAAUGAAGAUCUGUUGCAUUGGAGCUGGUUAUGUUGGUGGGCCUACAAUGGCUGUGAUCGCGCUUAAAUGUCCGGAUAUUGAAGUGGCUGUCGUUGAUAUCUCUGUACCUAGGAUCGCUGCCUGGAACAGUGACCAGCUCCCUAUCUAUGAGCCUGGUCUUGAUGGUGUUGUGAAGGAGUGUCGUGGCAGAAACCUUUUCUUCAGCACUGAUGUAGAGAAACAUGUGCGUGAGGCUGAUAUAGUCUUUGUUUCUGUCAACACUCCCACCAAGACUCGGGGGCUCGGAGCUGGCAAAGCUGCAGACCUUACAUAUUGGGAAAGUGCUGCCCGCAUGAUCGCGGACGUAUCGAAAUCUGACAAGAUUGUUGUUGAGAAAUCAACAGUCCCUGUCAAAACUGCUGAGGCAAUUGAAAAGAUUCUCACCCACAACAGCAAGGGAAUCAAAUUCCAAAUUCUUUCGAACCCAGAAUUUCUUGCUGAGGGAACUGCAAUUCAAGAUCUUUUUAAUCCUGAUCGUGUUCUUAUCGGAGGCCGGGAAACCCCAGAAGGCAAUAAGGCUGUCCAAGCAUUGAAGGAGGUUUAUGCUCAUUGGGUUCCUGAGGAGAGAAUUCUUACCACCAAUCUUUGGUCUGCAGAGCUUUCCAAGCUUGCUGCCAAUGCUUUCUUGGCUCAGAGGAUCUCAUCCGUGAAUGCCAUGUCUGCUCUUUGUGAGGCAACCGGGGCUGAUGUUACGCAGGUCUCUUAUGCUGUUGGUAAGGACACAAGGAUUGGACCCAAAUUUUUGAAUGCUAGUGUCGGUUUUGGUGGAUCCUGCUUCCAGAAGGAUAUUCUAAAUCUGGUUUACAUCUGCGAGUGCAAUGGCCUUCCUGAGGUGGCAGAGUAUUGGAAGCAAGUCAUUAAGAUCAAUGACUAUCAGAAAAACCGAUUUGUUAACCGUGUUGUUUCCUCGAUGUUUAACACCGUUUCAAACAAAAAGAUUGCUAUCUUAGGGUUCGCCUUUAAGAAGGAUACCGGUGACACUAGGGAGACCCCUGCUAUCGAUGUAUGCAAAGGACUCUUGGGAGACAAAGCUCGAUUGAGCAUAUAUGACCCGCAGGUGACCGAAGACCAGGUCCAACGGGAUCUUUCCAUGAACAAGUUUGACUGGGACCAUCCUCUUCACUUGCAACCCAUGAGUCCCACGACUGUCAAGCAAGUCAGCUGUGUGUGGGAUGCUUAUGAGGCAACCAAAGAUGCCCAUGGAAUUUGCAUUCUGACCGAGUGGGACGAAUUCAAGAAACUUGACUUCAAGAGGAUAUACGACAACAUGCAAAAGCCGGCUUUUGUUUUCGAUGGAAGGAACAUCGUGAACGCGGAUGAGCUGAGGGAGAUUGGUUUCAUAGUGUACUCAAUUGGUAAGCCACUGGAUCCAUGGCUCAAGGACAUGCCUGCAGUAGCAUAAAUGUCUAUCGACUACAGAUGGAGUCCGGGUCAGUUUGAUUCAUACCUAUUGAUUUUUGUUUUCGAUGAAGAGUUGUGUUGUACCUUGUUUUUCCCCCAGCCACAGCAUAAUUGGAAUUUUACCAUCAUAAUGAAGAUUUAAAAGGCUCUGCGUUGUGCCUUUAAUUCUUGUCGUCUGUUAGGAAACUUAAAUUGAGUUCGAUCAGAACUUGUGUCAUUUGUAGAAUGUUGAAGUUUCAUAAACGAUUUGUCUCUUUAAUGGAAUACCUUUUUUAUUCUCAAAAA